ACUAGUUUGGAGCUCAGCUCAGAGGACAGGAACAGCUGAAAAAGAAAAACAAAGCCACGACGACGACGACGGUAUAAACAGCAGAUGUGCGACUGAAAUUUACUUUAAAAAGUCGGUGACACCAUCGCUGGGCACAACAUUUUAUGUCACCAGACCGAAUUUGAAAAGCCUUAAUUUAGUCAAUCCCGGUGAUCAGACAAUGGGGCGCAUCUUCUUGGACCACAUCGGCGGAACACGUCUCUUCUCUUGUGCCAACUGUGACACAAUCCUGACUAAUAGGUCUGAGCUAAUCUCCACACGAUUCACAGGAGCCACAGGCAGAGCUUUCCUCUUCAAUAAGGUGGUGAACCUCCAGUACAGUGAGGUGCAGGACAGAGUGAUGCUCACCGGCAGACACAUGGUGAGGGACGUCAGCUGCAAGAACUGCAACAGCAAGCUGGGUUGGAUCUAUGAGUUUGCUACUGAGGACAGUCAGCGGUACAAGGAGGGCCGAGUCAUCCUGGAGAGGGCACUGGUUAGGGAGAGUGAGGGCUUUGAAGAGCAUGUCCCCUCAGAUAACUCCUGAGUCCUUGAAGUGGUAUUAGGUUGAGUGGGAAGGCUCAGUCCUGUGCCCUCCUUUCCUUCUCCUUUGCCCCCUUUGCCUCUGUGCUGCACACCACCACCUGCAGACUUAGUGGUCAGUGAAGUUCUGGCUUCACCCUCCCACACCCCUUCUCUCUCUGGCCAAUGAUCUUAGAUCUUUGCUGACUAAAAGAUUGGUGUGCUUGAUCUAUUCUUGCUGAAUAGACUUCCCCAAAAUAUCUUUUGAUUGAUGAAUCACAGGGCAGUCAAUUGAAACAGCUGGAAAUGCUCUUAGAGAGUUCGCUAAAGCAUUUAAGCACUGUCUCACACACAGUUGUCAUCACAGAUCCACAAGGCAUGUGCCACACUUUCAUGGUAAUUAAAAUACAUGCAUGAUAAUACACAGAUCAGUCACAUUUUAAAGAAUAUUUGCUAGCUUUUUUAUUUGUUUGUGUAACAGGAGCUAGUGGAGCUUAGUAUGAUCAUUAUCCAAGCAUGGGCAAAGCGACCAGCCAGUGCUCCAUACCGCUGUUAAAUGAGCCAAACAUACUGGUUUAGUGGUAUUUGUGUUUCCGUAUUGUGAAUGUUGACCCAAUGUAUCUGUCACUGGUUGCACUGAAAGCAUUCAAUAUCAUGAUAAUUGAUUAUGUGUCAGUUACCUUUUCUUCGCUUGCAGUGUAGUGGAUGUAAUUGUGUUCUCAUCCCACUGAUACAGUGAGGACUGCACAGAUUGAUGUCAUAUUUAAGUAUUCAUUGUUGUGCCUGAACAGUAGUUUUCUUUAGAUUAGGCUCAUUAUUUUAAUGACAUGACGUAUUUCAGAUGAACAGAGUAGACAACCUGUUUACUUCAGUUCCACCUGUGUUUAGCUUACCAUGGAUUCUGUGCCUCUGCGUGUGAAGAGCAGCAUGCCACUUUAGUGACUUGUCAGGAGCAUGUUCCUUUCAGCCGUUCGUCUUCAGUGUGACACAGUGCGUCUGAAAAAUGACGGAGACAUUCUCUGACUGCGCGGCAGCUUAAAGGACAGGAUUUUUAGAGAAUAGGUCAUAUUUGAAAGUCGCUCAGUGAUUGUGUGGGACAAGUGUACAGGUUUUGAAGGAAUAACUAAAAACACAAUGCAGUGGGCAUUCAUCAAACAGCAUUUUCUUGAAUCUAAAAAUAUGUUCAGUACUGUAUUUGACCAUCCUACAUGUAUUUAAACCCUUAAACACAUCAAUGCAAAUGCUGCUGAGCUACUUUCAGGUUUGUGACACAUCCUCUUUAUAAUCCUAGGCUUGGGGCAUGUUUGGUCAUAAGAUGAAUCGCUUCUUAGAACACAAAGCCAGGCAAGCUUUGAGUAUUUAUCUUCAAAGUCAAGCCCUUGCUGUUGGAGUAGGCCAGAGCCUGCAUUUUAUAUUGUCAAACUGUAAAAUAAAAAUAGAUAAUUUACUUGACAUAUGAGGGUAAUUUGGGACUGGGUUGGAGCACAGCCACCCAGCCCUGAUGUUACCUUAUUUAUGCUUUGGGCGUUACCAGAAUGGUCCAGCCUUCACUAGUGACACUGUUAAUGUUUUGCUUGUUUUUUGCAAGGUCAUGCUUGACGGUGCAAGUUUUAAUUUCCAGAAGACAAAAAAAAAAUAUCCAGGACACUGAAACCAUUCAUGUUCCAAAGUCAGUGCAGUGUACAGCUAGUGGCCACAAUCGAAUAUCAUCAUUUUGUUGUUCACGUUCAGCAUUUUAUUGAUAGCAAUUGUUUUUACUUUAUAUUAUCUGAUUAUUGUUUUAUUGAUCGAUUAUGUUUAUGUUAUGACAUAUUUUCUUGUUUGGGGGAUUAAUAUGAUACUUGUUUUCCUCUAUGGUUAUGGCUAGAUUUUCUCUGAUGUGAUUUCUAAAUAAAGAUGUAGUACCUGGGUUUAAACCUUA